UUAUCAUUACCUAGAACACUUAUAUCCCCAGGGUAGGAUGCACACUAUCGUGAGGGUAGCCAGAUCGAGAUUAGCAUAUCAGAAUGUAAUAUGCUCCAGGGUCUCCAAGCUGUCAUCUCAGUCAGCUGAAAGUGAGACUACAGAGAAGGUGGUCCCUGAAGGUGAUGCAGAAGAUCCAUUGGCUUUAAAAGAUGUAGAGAUAGCAGCUCUUCAAGCCAAGCUGGCUACCGAGAAAGAACUUUUGACAGAUCUGAAAAAUAAAUACCUUAGAGCUUUGGCUGAUGGAGAAAAUGUUAGAAAUAGAGCCAAAAAAGAAUUGGAGAAUUCGAAAAUCUUUUCUAUCCAAUCUUUCGCAAAGGACAUGUUGCCCGUAUCAGACGUUUUGGAGAAAGCUCUUGAGAGUGUACCUGAAUCAGAGAGAAGCAGCAAAGUGUUAGCUAACUUGUAUGAGGGGGUGUCUCUAACACACAGUCAACUUCAUCAGGUUUUUAAGCGACACAACCUGGUAAAGAUAAUACCGCUGGGCGAGGAAUUUGACCCAGUGUACCACGAGGCUAUGUUCCAAGUACCGGACCCGACCCAGACACCUGGCACCGUGAUGAAUGUUAUCCAGUCUGGGUACGUGCUGCAUUCUAGAUCUAUACGUUCCGCUAAAGUGGGUGUAGUGAAGGAGACUUAAUUUGUGAAUAAGGAGGGACUAAUUUAUUGUUUCUAUUGAAUAAACAAAUCGAUAAAAUAAAAACGUAAAAUCUAGAACUUGAGCCUUGAGGAUGUUUUGGCCAUUAAGUAUUAUAGAUUGCUGGUCAAACGUUUCUCCCAGAAGAUGAAAUAGUCUAUAAUUUGCUAUUUGCAUAGUGUGUGACCCUUAUAAUUAAUCUAAGGUAUCUGAAAGUCAGUGCCUGCUUGCACAGGACAGUGAUUAUUUAAAUUACUGUGUAAUUUAAAGUUUUAUAUAGAUUUUUUAUCAAGUUGA